GGGCGGUGCUGUGGCGCCGUGCGGGAGCAGGAGCGGGGCUCGGUGCGCUCGCGCCGUUCCUCGGCCCUCAUGGCUCCUGCCCGCAGGAAGGCGGCCGCGGGCGCGCGCGGCAGGAAGCUGAGCGCCUUCCUGAAGGACUUCGACCGGGAGGGUAGGCCGCGGGCGGGCGCGCCGAGGCCCGGGCCCGAGCGCAGAGGUCGGGCCCGGGCCGUGUCCGACGCCGCGUCCGUCCCCGCACUGAGGAGCCGGGUCGAGCAGCUGCGGACGAACGGGGAGCGCCUGGUCAAGGAGAUGGAGAACCUGUACGACGUGGAGCUCCUCCGGCUGCCCGCGGCGCUCCGCGAGAUGAACUGGCUGGAGUUCUUCGCUAAAGGGGGAAGCCAGAAAGUCGUGGAGGAGGCGGUGACGGCAGACUUGGGAAUAACAGAAAUAAACAAGCUAACAGCAGAACUUAUCCAGACUCCUUUAAAAAUCGUCACAAAAGAAAAAUCUAAACAGGGUAUUGAAGCUACUGAAGAAGCAGCAGAGGUUCCUUUGCUUCCUCCAGCAAAGAAAGCGAAACACGAUAGCCAGCUUCUGCUGGAGCAAGCAGCUGCAAGUACUAAUCCAAGAAACGGAAAGGUGAGGACGUCCACUAAGAAAGCACCAGUGUCCAGGAGCAGAAGAGCUCCUUCAGCAAGAGUGAAACGCGUGAGUAAAAGAUCAAGCAAAAGCAGCUUUAUCACUCCAGCUACCGGCAGAAAUCUUGAUCUCUGUGCUCGAGGAGGCGCCUCCAUCGUCACGCCCAGGUUUGAUUCGAGAGUUUUCAAGACGCCGGGUUUGCGCACACCCGCAGUAAAUGAACGUGUUUACACCAUCUCUGCUAACGGCAGCCCCCUUGCUGAUGGCAAUGAUGUCUUCAUUACCGUUCCUGUUGGAGGAGGGGAGAGCAUUCGUUUAACAGCAAGUGAUCUGACCAAGAAGAAUCUUCUUCAUCUCAAUCCGGAGGCACGAGGCAUUAUGAAGAAGCUAUCUGUUCGUCUUGCACAAGCUUGUAGCAGUGCAAAAACCCAUAGGUGAAGGGCAGUGAAUGUCAACACCUUUUGUAAACGUGGAACUACUCCUAUAAGCUACGAGUACAUUUUAUUUGGUGUCUUACAAUUCUGUGAGCAUUCAUUUAAACGAAAUGAAAUUAAAAAAAAUAAAAAAAUAAAGAAAACCA